AUGUCGGCAGAGCGUACAAGCAGCUCGGAUGAGGCCCAUAGUGACUUCGAGCCAAAGUCUCUUGAGGCAGGGACUCAGUCCGCCGCCCCAAUUCCAAUUCCCCCCCCAGCGGCCCCAGCCCAACAGUCACCAAUCCCCAAUGGUGGCACCACCGCGUGGUUACAGGUCCUGGGCGCUCAUCUGUUGUUCUUCAACUCAUGGGGGAUUGUCAAUACGUUCGGAGUCUUCCAGGCGUACUAUGAAAGUGAUUUGCUAGCCCAUGAGUCUUCAUCCAACAUCUCAUGGAUCGGCACGUUUCAGGGCUUCCUCUUGAUUGUGUUCGGAAGUGUUACUGGACCAGUCUUUGACCUGGGGUACUUUCGGUCUACUCUAUCCAUCGGGGCUUUCCUCGUGGUCUUUGGGUUGAUGAUGACGAGUCUGGGAACUGAGUACUACCAGAUAUUUCUGGCACAAGGUCUAUGUGUCGGGUUGGGUACUGGCUGUCUCUUCCUUCCGAGUGUUGCGAUUGUGGCAACCUACUUUAGCACCAAGAGAGCUCUGGCAACAGGUAUCACAGCCGCUGGUGGUAGCAUCGGCAGCGUCAUCUACCCCAUUGUCUUCCGCAAGCUUUUGCCUCAGAUCGGGUUCCCAUGGGCCACGAGAGUGAUUGGUUUCAUUGCACUCUUUACUCUGAGCAUCAGUGUACUUCUCAUGAAGCCCCGCAUGCCACCACCGAACAAGGCCCGGAGCUUGUUUGACCGUGGCGCGUUCCGGUCCACUCCAUACGUCGUCUUCAGCAUCGGCCUCUUCCUCGCCUUUAUUGGCCUUUACAUCCCGUUCUUCUACAUUGUUCUUGCUGCAGAAUACAGGUUCGGCGUCAACGAGGAUUUGUCCAACUACCUGCUCUCUGUCCUGAACGCUGCAUCUGUCUUCGGCCGUAUUAUUCCAGGUCUCCUGGCUGAUAAAUAUGGGUCCCUGGAGAUCCUGACCUACUGCACAAUCUCGGCCGCUAUCAUGUCCUUCGCUUGGACCGCCGUCCACAAUCUUGGUGGCCUGAUCGUCUACUGUAUCUUUUACGGUUUCCUGUCCGGUGCCGUCGUGUCUCUGCCCACCACCGUGGUUGCGGGAUUAGUGCCUGAGCUCCGACUGAUUGGAACCUGGAUGGGAAUGAGUUUCAGUUUCGCUGGCCUUGGACUGCUGAUUGGCAAUCCUAUUGCGGGUACAAUCAUCAACGUCGGCCAAAAUAAGUUUUCGGGAGGCUUCAUCUUUUCAGCCAGCACUGUCAUUGCCGCGGGUGUCAUUUUCGUGGGAGUUGGGGCCUAUCGACCUGCUUCUUUCAAGUGGUGGAAGAAGGUUACUGGCACGCAAAGAGAGGUACAACAAUAGAAUCAUGGCCCUUGGAAACCACAGAGCAUGGAAGUAUAUAUAAAGAACCAUCAUUGCAGAAGGGAGGAGAUCGCAUAGCC